AUGAAAGUUGCCAGCUGGAACGUUAAUUCCCUGAAAGUUCGUUUGCCCCACGUGUUGGAUUGGCUGGAGUCUGAGCAACCUGACGUGCUUGGGCUGCAGGAAACCAAACUAACCGAUGAAAAUUUUCCGAUUGAUGCCAUCAAGGAAGCCGGCUAUCAAGUGGCGUUUUCCGGCCAGAAGACCUACAACGGGGUUGCACUCAUUACCCGAGAGACGCCCGAAGAUGUGGUGACCGAUGUCCCCAAUCUGGAUGACCCGCAGCGGCGCAUCAUUGCCGCCAAAGUGGGUGAGGUUCGAGUGGUGAACCUCUACGUGGUGAACGGUAAGGAAGUGGGCAGUGACAAAUUUGACUACAAGCUGAACUGGCUGGCCCGGGUAACCGAAUAUCUGGAGCAGCAAAUCAACGAAAAUCCACUAACCCUGGUGAUGGGUGAUUUCAACAUCGCCCCAGACGACCGGGAUGUGCACGACCCCAAAAGGUGGCACGAAAAAAUUCUCUGCUCCACUCCUGAACGCGACGCCCUGUUGGCGAUCUAUGACCUCGGUUUUGCCGACACCUUCAGGCUUCACCACGAAGACGGCGGCCUGUUUUCCUGGUGGGAUUACCGCAUGGGUGGCUUUGACCGUGGUCUGGGCCUACGCAUAGACUUGGUGCUCUCCAGCCCAGAACUUACAGAGAUGUGCUCAGCCGCCUACAUCGACACAGCGCCGCGCCAGCUUCAGCGCCCCUCCGACCACACGCCGGUGGUUGCGGAGUUUGAUCUAUUCUAG